AUGAAGUGGUCCCUGUGGAGCCUACUGCUGGUGGUGGUGCGUCUGUGUUCACCAGGACGGAGUGACUGCCAGGGUGACUGCCUGGCCUGUGGCCUCCUACUACCCCUACCCAACCCCCAGACCCAGGGCCAGCAGCAAACAUUCAACACACUGGUGUGUCUGUUGGAGUGUGAGGGUCAUGUCUCCCCUGCCCUCACCUGGGAGCUGUGUCAGCGAGCCAUCCUACCGCACUACCUCCUCCCUCCAGGUGGCGGCGCUGUGUCUAAGAGAGCAGCAGAGGAGCUGAACCUGGGCCCUGUACACCUGGAGUCCGAUGGACAACUCCUCUACUCUGCAGCCAUGGAGCACUACCAGCAGGACAGAGAGGACCAGGAAGACAGGGCCCUGGAGCAACGUGAUGCCCAGUACGACGACUCCCCGCUGGACUCGACCGAGGAGGAAGACUCCCUGGACGACGAGGAGGAGGAGGCCGCGGUCCAGCUGACCAAGCGUUUCGGGGGCUUCCUGAAAGGUCACCACGGUUAUAAGAAGUUGAUUGGCGGGCCGGUGGGGCGGCCACUGCAGAAACGCCUAGGAGGGUUCAUCGGGAUCAGGAAGUCGGCCAGGAAGUGGAACAACCAGAAGAGGGUGAGCCAGCUCCUCCGGCAGUACCUGGGGAUGACCAGCAGCAGCAUCCCUGGGCGCGGUGUUGGGAGGUUCAAUAACCCAGCCCAGGGAUUCAGGAGGCUACCCAGCCGGCUGUAG